GUUAAAAUUAAGUGACUUAUCUUCAAAACUGAGAAGGAAUAUUGAGUUCCUCUUAGGGAUUAGGUAAGAGGCUUUUAUCCUUUCAAAGAUUUUAGAGUUUGGUGGUACUGGUUUUUAUUUUACAAUUGAAUCAACAUCCACACCUCCAUCUACCUGAUAUAACAGUAAUAUUGUGUAACCAUUACGUUUAUAUGAUUAGAUAUGAGACUGUUUUUGUUUUGACAGAUUUUCCUAGAUGUGUAAAAGAGGAGAAUAACAUAAAGAAUAAAGAAAAUGUAUAUUUUGAGUUAAAAAAGGAAUCUUUUAAAUAAUUAACUAAUCAGUACAUUGUAAAGUAAAACAGUAAGGUGAAAUUGUUUUCAGGAUUCUUCCUCUGGUGUUAAAAUAAAAGUGGAGAAGAGAAGCGACAUUAGGCCACAGAUUUCCCAGAUUGGUUGUUAGUGGUAACUUUGGCCCAGGACAACUAAAUUCCUGUCUGGAGAAAAGAUGUUGUAGGAGAAAUCCCAAGAAGUGAGGAAAGUAGUGUAGAGUCCAUGGCUAACCAGUAGUAGGUAAAGGUGGAAGGGUUAUAAAUUGGAUUUUAUCAUAUAGGUGAUACAUGUUGGACUAAACUGUUUGCUUAAGGCCUUCUGCCUACAAAGUGAGCAAGGAGCAAUGCUAAAAACCUAAAGCACCAAACAGUUAAGUGGAAGUACAAAGGGACCUUCCUCCCAAUGCCAAAUUCCAACUUUAGUCUGAAGACCAAUUAUGAAUUGAAAUCUUUCAUUUCUUUGACUCACAGACCAAUCCAGAUGCUGAGACUCUGUUACGAGAUUAUGUAGGGUGUAAUUAUGUCUUUUUUUUUUUUUUUUUUUUUUUUAAAGAAAACUCCUGGGGAUUCCUGUAACCCAAGGGAGUUCUUCAACUUGGAGUAAAAUGUUACUUUUUUAUUUUUAUUUUCCCCUAACUGAAAGUUGAUGUUUCCUUCCAAUUUGAAUGCAAGUAACCAACCCACACCAAUAUUGGAAGUAUCCAUGACUUUGUCAGCAGUAGUAAUUAUAAUAAUUUUUAUAUUGUAUUGCAGUUGUUAAAGAGAUCUCCAAAUAUUUAAGCUCAUCAUUAUUUUGAAAUGAAGAUGGUUGUUAGACCCACCACUACAUUUCAGAACUUUAGUGUAUUAAUAAAGAAGCACAUAUAUUGCUGUUUACAAAUCUGUUUUCUAAAAUUAUUUCGAUAACUAUAUUUUGAUAUAACUGGUUUCCUUGGUAAUCCUAUACAUUUUAUGUGAUGCAUUUAAAACAUUAUUCUGAGAUACUUUCACCAGACGGUUAAAGGAUUGAUAGCCCAACCCGUACAUAGGAUCUUAAACUUUAUACUUUAAAGUAAAUUUAUUUCCCUUUUUUUUGGAACAGCUCCACAAAAUUGUAUUAUUAUUUCCAAAUUAUUUUAAAUCUCUCUAGGGAUAUUGGCAAACCUUCUAAACAGCUCUGCUUAACUAUGUGAUCAAAUUACUAUCUAUUUAAUGAAUUAAUGGUCAUUUAUGGAAUGAAGUUCUUUGCUAUGUCUUAUAAAAGGCACAGAGGUGAAAAGACAUGGAAACUGUUUUAAAAGGAAAUUUUAAUUUUGGGGGGUAGUGGACAGAUAAUGCAUAUAAUUUUUAGCAGAGAGAGCUGGGGAGUAGUGCUGUUUGGGCCGAGUAUGAAACUAGCUACGCUGGUGGCUUAAAAUGAAAAUUCUGUUUUGAUGGUGUGUUUGUUAUAUUGGAAGUUCAUUCACAGUUGAGACUGAACAGAACUCAAGCUGAGGCUUCAGAUAGGAUUCCCAAGGGUAACCUGAGUUACCCUUUGGUUUCCCAGCUCCUACAAAGCAGGUUAGUUUCUUAAAUAAAACAUACCAGGACUUUGGCUCUUUCUGAUUUCUUAUACCCUCGUGUCUGUCCUUUCAGGUAAAAUACAACAGAAAUCUAUAUAAUCAUAAGUGGGGAAGAGGAGAUGUGAUAAGAGCACUUAAGACUCAGGGGUUUUAGUUAAGAACAAACAGAAAUUAAAUGGCAUGACUUUAUAGAUGAAUUUAGUCUGUAUUUAAUAUUGUGCUGUUAAAAGUGUGUUAUUCGGAGUAAGAAAAAUAAUUUUAAAAGUCUACCCUAUUCUUGCCAGAUGACACCAACAAUGAAUGCAACAUCUUUUAAAGUUUGUUUUACAACAGUGAAAAUGUUCCAAUGAAAGAAACAUGAUCCUCUUAUGGAGGGGGUUCUUGAAAUUUUCAGUAGCAAUUGGGGCAAUUCCUAAGCCUUCACCUCUGAAUUAUAUAAUUUUAGAGGUAUGCAUGUCUAUGGUUAGCACAUAGUGACUUCUUACUGAAAAGGACAACAAACUAUGAGACAGAUAAAUCAGACACAAGUGACAGAAUUCCUCCUUCUGGGACUCUCUGAUGGGCCAUACACCCAGCAGCUGCUAUUGAUCUUAUUCUUGGGUGUCUACCUGGUCACUCUGCUUGGAAAUCUGCUUCUUAUGUCCCUUGUUCCUGUUGACUCCCGACUUCACACACCCAUGUAUUUUUUUCUCUGCAACUUGUCUCUAGCUGACCUCUGUUUCUCUACCAACAUAGUUCCUCAGACACUAGUGCACCUGCUUUCCAGGAAGAAGUUCAUUUCAUUCACAUGUUGCACAGCUCAACUUCUCUUUUUCCUCAUUUUUGGGUGUACACGGUGUGCCCUUCUGGCAGUGAUGUCCUAUGAUCGCUAUGUGGCAAUCUGCAAUCCUCUGCAUUACCCUAGCAUCAUGACCUGGAAAGUGUGUGUCCAGCUGGCAACAGGAUCAUGGACCAGUGGCAUUCUGGUUUCUGUGGUAGACACCACCUUCACACUGAGGCUACCCUACCGAGGUAGUAACAACAUUGCUCAUUUCUUUUGUGAAGCCCCUGCACUAUUGAUCUUGGCAUCCACAGACACCCACACAUCGGAGAUGGCCAUUUUUCUUAUGGGGGUUGUGAUUCUCCUCAUACCCAUUUUUCUGAUUCUGGUAUCCUAUGGCCAUAUCAUAGUAACUGCGGUCAAGAUGAAGUCAACUGUGGGGAGUCUCAAGGCGUUUUCUACCUGUGGCUCCCACCUCAUGGUGGUCAUACUUUUUUAUGGAUCAGCAAUUAUCACUUACAUGACACCCAAGUCUUCCAAACAGCAGGAAAAAUUGGUGUCUGUUUUCUAUGCAAUGGUGACUCCCAUGCUUAAUCCCCUCAUCUACAGCCUGAGAAACAAGGAUGUGAAGGGAGCUCUGAGGAAAUUAACCACAAGGUAUUUCCCAUGCAGGCUUGGAAUCUCACACUGACAAUGAGCUCAGAGACCCUUUUGGCUUCCUAAUUCAAAGACUUGCUGGGAAGACAUGGAAUCAACCCAGGUGGAUUGGAUUUUUAAACUGUACAUUGGCACACUUGGUUUCUCAAGUCGCCCACUCGGCCCCCUUCCAAGUUAUACUUUCCUUCUUUUUUCUCCUUUCCUUUUCCUUCCUUACUGUUCUAAAGCUUUUUAAUAAACUUUCAC